AUGAAUAUGUCUUUCAGUGUUGAUUGGGAAUCAUUAUUAGAAUUCGAAGAAUCGCUUAGUUCUUCAUUUUCUAAGACUAAUGCUUUGUUGCUACACAAUUUAGAGUUAAAGAUAGAGCUGAAUAGGACGAGCAGUAAUUAUGAUUUGCCUGCAAAUGAUUAUGGGAUUGAAAAAUUGGAAAACGAUAUGAAGGACUAUGACUACUGUUCUGACGAGUUUACAACGUGUUCUAACUGUGGUCAAUCCUUAUACGAUAAUUCAGCUUAUAAGAAUUGUUGCAAAAAGUUUGUUUCAUUCCAAGGGGUUAUUUCAUCAAGUCUUGAAAAAUCGUUUUGGAUCUCAUUCAUUAACAAUCCUAGCAGCACAAUAAACACAUUGCCUAACUAUACAGAGUUGCUAUUUUUAAGGCAAGGGUUACCAUUUCAACUUAGGUCAACGAUAUGGAAGAAAUUAUUCUUGAUAAGUCAAGGCAAUGUUAUACCUGAAACAUCGAGGUUGGUCUUUGACAAUUUCCAGCAUUCAUAUAGCCUAGAAAUCUCGAAGCAAAUCAGUAAGGAUUUAUCGCGUACGUUCCCCUUGGUCGAGUUUUUCAAGAAUGAAGAAACUAUUAAUAACUUAUCGACGAUUCUUAACGUUUAUGCGAACUAUGAUGUGGAAUUAGGAUAUUGUCAGGGAUUAUUAUUUUUAGUUGGGGUUUUAUAUUACCAUUUUAAAAGUGACAGUACUUUAACGUUUCAUGCAUUGGUGACUAUUAUGGAAUCGGAGCCCGAACUCCACGAUAUUUUCACUUCGACUACCAUGUCUUAUACCUUGAAUAAAUGGAAGUUUGAGUUUUCAGCUAUAUUGCGGGAGAUCGACAACGAAUUAUAUGAGCAUUUAAAUAAGUUUGUGGACAUGCAAGUGUUCCUCUACCAAUGGUGGUUAUCGUUCAUAUCGAGUCAUACACCGGAUUUAUCUAUAGUCAACAGAGUAAUGGAUUUCUGCCUCCUUCAAGGCUGGAAAACUGGAAUGUUUAAAAUCUCAUUAGGUUUACUUUUAGUAAAUAAGCCCAUUUUAAUGACUCUUGAUACAGGCGAUGAAGAGGUUAUUUAUCAGCAUUUAUUGAACGAGAGCAAAUGGGGUAUAGCUGUCAAGGACUUGAAUGCUUUUUUUGGCGAUUUACUAUUGUCUUGGGAUGAUUCUAUAUUCAUGGAGCUACCUAAAUAUGAAGAAACAUUGUUCCCAAAGCCUAUCAAAUCCCACAAAAGAACUUCAUCUGCAAUGAUGAGUAAAUUUAAGAACUUAUCAAUCAAUUUAUCGAGAAAUAGAUCCAAUUCUAGUAGCUCUCAAGUUGAUAGAUAUGCUUCGUCUGAAAGACUUCUGUCUGGGUAUUCGGCAGUUUCUGUGUUUUCUUCAAAGCUGGUUAACAGGAUAGAUAACAAUAGUGAAUUGGAUUCCAUAUAUUCUGAUAUUACGACAAACAGUGAAUUAUCUUCACUGCCACCUAAGUCAUUCAGUGAACAUUUGAAGAUUCCAUACUAUACUAAAUUCCUGAAACACGAACAAAUGCUUGAAGAUAACGAAUCUACAGACAUCAAUAAUGGACUUAUUGAUGACAACAUACGUUUGAAGAUCUUAUUAAAAAGAGCCUACGACAUGAUUAAUGAUAAUGAACCUGAAGCUUCUGCUUUGAAAUGUGAAAUUUCUCAACUUAUUUAA